ACGAAAGCCAUGGAGUUGCAGAGCGGAAUGGCUCUGCUAUCUCAGCAGUUCAAAGCUUUAUUCCUCAAAAACCUCUUGGUUUCAUGGCGGAGCAAGGGAGCCACCUUUGUACAGCUCUUCUCUUCACUCUUCUUCAUGUUCCUGAUUUUCGUCAUCCAGAAGGCAAUUGAAUCUCGCUAUUCUUCCUCCACCAGUUUCACCGACGUUUUCGACCCCACGCCUCUGGUUUUCCCCCCGAUUCCGCCCUGUGAGGAGAAGUAUUUCGUGAAGCUCCCGUGCUUCGAUUUUGUCUGGAGCGGAAAUGAUAGCAGGAGAAUUGGGGAGAUCGUUGAUCGAAUUUUGGUUAAUAAUCCUGGUAGACCCAUCCCUUCAACCAAGAUCCAAUCUUUUAGAACACAAAGUGAAGUGGACAAUUGGCUCUUGAACAAUCCCAUGCAGUGCUCUGGAGCUCUGCAUUUUUGGGAAAGAAAUUCUUCCAUGAUUAGUUAUGGUAUACAGACUAAUUCUACUUUCAUUGCUAAGCGAGGAAGUUUUGAAGACCCUACAUUUAAGUUCCAGAUUCCACUUCAACUUGCUGCAGAACGGGAAAUUGGUAGAUCUUUAAUUAGAGAUCCAAAGUUCAGUUGGACUGUCAGUCUUAAGGAAUUCGCACACCCAGGAAAUAAAAUUUUCAGCGCUGUUAGUACUGCUGGACCAAUCUUCUUCCUUGCAAUUUCCAUGUUUGGUUUUGUCUUUCAAAUAAGUGCUCUAAUUGCAGAAAAAGAACUAAAACUCCGCCAGGCCAUGACCAUGAUGGGUCUUUAUGAUAGUGCCUAUUGGUUAUCCUGGUUCACGUGGGAGGGAAUUCUCACACUUCUUUCAGCACUCUUCACAGUUCUUUUUGGAAUGAUGUUUCAGUUUGACUUUUUCUUACUCAACAGCUUUGCAGUGUUGUUUGUUCUUUUCUACCUUUUUCAACUUAACAUGAUUGGUUUUGCCUUCAUGCUCUCUGCCUUCAUUAGCAAGGCAUCUUCAUCCACAACUGUUGGUUUCUCUGUCUUUACCAUUGGUUUUCUGACUCAGAUUGUUACGGUAUUUGGAUUUCCUUACACUAAGAAGUUCUCUAAUACCUUCCGAAUCAUCUGGUCCAUUUUCCCACCAAAUGUAUUUGCUCAAGGUCUUCAGUUGCUUUCUGAUGCAACUUCAACACCACAGGAUCAUGGUGUCAGCUGGAAUAGGAGAGCUAAAUGCACACCAAAUGAUACGGAGUGCUUGAUAACAAUUAACGACAUAUAUGUAUGGCUUGUAUCCACAUUCUUUGUUUGGCUCAUACUUGCAAUCUACUUUGACAACAUUCUUCCAAAUGUAUCUGGUGUUAGAAAAUCAGUGUUGUAUUUUCUGAUGCCUGGAUAUUGGAUGGGAAGAGGUGGAAACAAAGCUGAAGAGGGAGGCAUUUGUAGCUGCAGAGGUUCAAUUCCACCCUUGGAAAGUUUCACUUUAGACGAUGAGGAUGUCCUUGAGGAGGAAAACAUUGUGAAACAGAAAAUGGACGAAAGUGUGCUUGAUGCAAGUGUCGUGGUUCAAAUAAGAGGUCUGGUCAAGAUAUUUCCUGGAAGAACAAAGAUCAGCUGCUGUAAGUGCGAGAGGUCAUCACCUUACCAUGCUCUCAAGGGUAUGUGGGUGAACAUUGCAAAAGAUCAGUUAUUUUGUCUUCUUGGACCAAAUGGAGCUGGGAAAACUACUGCUAUUAAUUGCUUGACUGGAAUUACCCCAGUGACCAGUGGUGAUGCACUAAUCUAUGGAUUCUCCAUCCGGAGCUCAACUGGCAUGUCAAACAUCCGGAGGAUGAUAGGAGUUUGUCCCCAGUUUGAUAUUCUCUGGGAUGCAUUGUCUGGCCAAGAGCACCUUCAUCUUUUUGCCAGUAUUAAGGGUCUACCCCCUGCUUCAAUCAAAUUGGUUACACAAAAGUCAUUAGCAGAAGUUAAACUUACAGAGGCGGCAAGAAUCAGGGCAAGUAGCUACAGUGGUGGCAUGAAACGGCGUCUUAGUGUUGCUAUUGCCCUAAUUGGUGAACCUAAAUUGGUUAUUUUGGAUGAACCGACUACUGGCAUGGAUCCAAUAAGUAGAAGACACGUUUGGCACAUAAUUGAAAAUGCUAAAAGAGGGCGUGCCAUUGUUUUAACUACACAUUCAAUGGAAGAAGCUGAUAUAUUAAGCGACCGCAUAGGGAUCAUGGCAAAGGGUAGGCUUCGCUGCAUUGGAACUUCUAUAAGGUUGAAGUCAAAGUUUGGAACUGGUUUUAUUGCGACUAUAAGCUUGCUUGGGAGUACUGAUGAGACUUCUGCAGCCAAAGAUAAUUCUACAAUAGCUCAAUAUGAAGUAGUGAAACAGUUCUUCAAACAUCACUUGGAUGUGCUACCCAAAGAUGAGAAUAAGUCCUUCCUGACGUUUGUUAUUCCUCAUGACAAGGAGAGGCUAUUGAUGAAUUUCUUUGCGGGACUUGAAGACAGAAAAGAAGAAUUUGGAAUUGCAGACAUUCAGCUUGGACUUGCUACCCUUGAAGAAGUUUUUCUCAACAUUGCGAAAAAGGCAGAGCUAGAAAGUGCUGCUGCUGAGGGAAGCUUUCAAACCGUGACCUUAAAUUCGGGACUGUCUGUUCAAAUACCUAUGGGAGCAAGAUUCAUUGGCAUUCCAGGAACAGAAUCCACAGAAUAUCCAAAUGGCAUAAUGGUAGAAAUAUUCUGGGAACAAGAUGAUUGUGGUGCACUCUGUAUUUCUCAUCAUUCACAAGAGAUGCCUAUACCAUCUCAUGUUCAGCUAAGAGCUUCUUCAACAGCUCUUCGUAGAAACUUUUCUGGUCGACGAAAACAGGUAGAUGGAUUCGUAAUAGAUCCCAUCCAAAUAUUUGACACAGAUACAUAGAAAGAUCAGUUAGUUAAGCUAUAAGGGGGAAGGUAAGUCCUCUAAAGCUCCAAAAGUAUUGUAGAUUUAUAUAGUUGUUUAUUGCUCUAGCUUUUUCCCAAGCAAGUCAAUGUAUAUAAUUUAGGAACAUAGUUUUAUAUUUUGACAGGCUUUUGAAGGCAGCUUUGAAAUUAUACAUUCCGAUUGCA